AUGCGGUCCUGGAUACGUGCGCCUUCGAACAAUGCUGAUGAUAACCCACAACAACCACACACCGCCAUAGGACGACGAGCAUCAUCAGAUAGUCUUUCAUCCUAUGCGAGCUCAUUUCGUGAACCACGCUAUUCUUUCGCUGCAUCUGAUUCUGAGAGUGAACAAGAGGAUGAUGAUAUCUCUGUACGAGAAGAAAACAAUAGCAGCAGCGAUCAUAAAUCAGCAUCCACCACCAAUAAACCUGUUAGGAGGAGAAGGGUUGCUUCAGGAGCAAUUGCUGUAAGCUCUUCAGUGCUCAUACGUACAGUGGUACACCCUGUACUCAAUAUCCUUGGUACAGCAGCAAUGAUUGGAUGCUUGCUGUGGUAUUACAACGACCAUCAACUUUGGGAUGUUACAGCAAGCAUAGGGAUCGAGCCUUCUACUGCUGUAGCACUCGUCAUAACAUUACUCACGGUGCUUUUACGAAGCGGCAUUGAAUAUGGCAUCUCGGAAUACAAAUGGACACGAUUCCAGUUUCAAGGCGUCAAGCUUAUUUUCUUGGAUGUAUAUCAUUCAAGCUCACGAGGAAUGGGAGGGAUUCUACGUGUACUUUUCUUUCUACGACGUUUCGAUUGGGUGGUUAUUGUUGCUACCAUUUUUUAUCUCGGCCUUAUCGCUGUUGCACCUUCAGCACAGCAUCUGCUUCAACAAAAGCCGGUUUCAAAUAACAUGACAUGUCGACUACUUGAACCCGGGCGACCUGAAAUCCACAUUAGGGCCACUAACAUCAGUCUUGACAGUCGAGACAACUUUGCUACUAGCAAUGUAGGCCUGGCAACCUAUCAUAGAAACUCGUAUAAUCCGCUUACUGUCAAUGGCACAAACACCCAACCUGUGGCGGUCCCUUUUGGUUUUAAAGAUUUCCUUCGAGGCACAAAAUUUCCAGCUUUUUAUCCUCCUUGUCCAUCCGACCUUGACCUCUGCGUCUUCCCGAACUUUCAUAUUGCUCAUACGACAUUGGAUUGCCAAUCUGGCAGCUUGGAUACUGAGAUCAUCAAUGUGCGCACCGAUACCCGAAUGCCGUUGCGAGAGUACUAUGGCCUUGCACCCGAUGCCGAUCACUUGAACGUGCCUACACCUUCUUUUUACUUUGCCGGCAACAUGUUCAAUCGCACCCUUUACAACCUUGGCAAUGUUAGUGCAACCGAUCGUUCUCUUGAAUUGACACCUGUACCUUUCGACCAAUCGGUACGUGAUAAGAUUGGUGAGCAAACCUUUGUUAUGGUGACCUAUCAAGAUACCAUCCAAAACUUGGAGGCAGAUGGUGGUUUCUCAGUCAACGAUCUCCAAGUGCAACAAUGCACCAUUCAUACGGCGGCCAAUGUUACAACAGUCAACGUCAGCAGCCAUGAUCAGUCUUACUUUCUCGAUGUGCAUGAAACUCGACCCAUCAACAUUGAUUACGACCGAUUAGGCAACACAAGCACAUGGAGUGUAGAGGAAGAUGAUAUGGAAGGACAUUCGCAUACGAUUGCCUAUGCUUAUCAGUUGGAUAUCAUGCGUGCUUUGAUCAUGGACAACGAGGGCUUGUGGGAUCCAAGAAGGGGUUAUCAACGUGCUAUGGCUGAGCAAUUUUCAAAUAUUCAUGAAUUCCUCGCUGGAGCGCUCAAUCAUACUGAUGUGGUCUUUUCAAUGACAUUUGGUGCCUCAUCAAGCUCUACGCGUGAGACUGCUGUUUGCAAUACAUCCAAGAUUGUGCUUUUCAACAUCGAUCCAGUGUCCUAUAUCGUAUUUUCCCUCAUGUUAAUUGCUCCUUUGGUAUGGUGGGCUAUCUUGUGGAUUAUCAGCAUGUACAAAAUGAAUGGUGCGUCGCUGGGUGCAUCGCAAAUCUUGCUCGCUUGGAGUCGCCUGGUACCUGUGUUACGGUCGUCGUUGCCUAGCAACAUCCUUCAAGCUGAUCAAUACGCCAUUGCAAAAUCAGCUGGUGAUCUCACCGUGAGGUUUGGCCAUGUCAAUGAGGAUCAUACCAGUGACCAGCUUGAGCCAGCAGCAUUUGGACCCGAAGAAUACGUUCAGCCAUUACAUCAAAGAAUGCGGCGCAAGUCUGUCUAG